AACCCACACUAUAUACUCUCUUUACUGCUCCAUUUCUCACUCCUCUUUUUUCCUCUUCGGUACUCUCUUCCUGUGCUCUCUCUAUUUCACUUUUUAUUAUUACACCAUUUUUUUUCUUUCUCACGCGCCGCCGCGCUUCUUACCGGCGGCCACCACUUAUCCUUUUUUCGCAUCUACCUCCAUAUCUCUCCCUUCCCUCUCCUCGCUUUUCUCCAUAAAAAAAAAAAACAAAAAAUAGAAAAAUUUUAGAAAAAAACCUAAAAUUUGUCCGAAGGCUGUGGUUAUUGUUCUUCAAAUCUACCGUUUAGCUCAGUCUAGCUAGGGUUUAUUUUUCUGUUCUUCCUUAGGGUUUUAUUGUUCUGAAUAACAAGAGGAGGGGGAAGAGAAAAAGAAAAAAAAAAAAGAAAAAAAGAAAAUUUGGGUGAAAAAAGAAACCAGGAGUUAAGUUAUUUUCUUCUUCUUCUUCUUCUUCUGCUGCUGUUGUGUUGUUGAAGUAAUAAUUGUUGCUGUUGUUGUAGUAGCUGUUGUUGUUGUUGUUGAUUGAGAUGGCUCAGGUUCAAGUUCAGCCUCAGAAUGCGAUGGCGGGUCCCAACGGAGGAGCAGCUGGUGGUGCUGGUGGAAACCAGUUCGUGACGACGUCGCUUUACGUUGGGGAUCUGGACCCGACCGUGACUGAGUCGCAGUUAUAUGACCUAUUCAACCAAUUGGGUCAGGUUGUGUCCGUUAGGGUUUGCACCGACCUCACUAGCCGCAGAUCGCUCGGUUACGGUUAUGUCAAUUACAGCAACCCGCAAGAUGCUGCCAGAGCACUGGAUGUUCUGAACUUCACUCCUCUGAAUAACAAGCCUAUCCGCAUUAUGUAUUCACAUCGUGAUCCCAGUAUUCGUAAAAGUGGUGCUGGAAACAUAUUUAUCAAGAAUUUGGACAAGGCAAUUGACCACAAGGCAUUGCAUGAUACAUUUUCUUCCUUUGGGAAUAUCCUUUCUUGCAAGGUUGCUACAGACUCAUCUGGUCAGUCAAAAGGGUAUGGGUUUGUGCAAUUCGAUAGCGAAGAAGCUGCUCAGAAAGCCAUAGAAAAGCUGAAUGGCAUGCUGUUGAACGAUAAGCAAGUGUAUGUGGGACCCUUCCUUCGCAAGCAAGAGAGAGAAAGUGCCACUGACAAGGCAAAAUUUAACAAUGUGUUUGUGAAGAACCUAUCUGAGUCAACCACGGAUGAUGAUUUGAACAAGGUUUUUGGUGAAUUUGGGACCAUUACCAGUGCUGUUGUGAUGAGGGAUGGUGAUGGAAAGUCCAAGUGCUUUGGAUUUGUUAACUUUGAGAAUCCUGAAGAUGCUGCUAGGGCUGUUGAAGCACUUAAUGGCAAAAAAUUUGAUGACAAAGAAUGGUAUGUUGGAAAAGCACAAAAGAAAUCUGAAAGGGAGCAUGAGUUAAAACAAAAAUUUGAGCAGAGCAUGAAAGAAGCUGCUGACAAAUACCAAGGGGCAAACUUGUACAUCAAAAACUUAGAUGAUACCAUUGGAGAUGAUAAACUUAAGGAGCUGUUCUCCCCAUUUGGCACUAUUACCUCUUGCAAGGUUAUGAGGGACCCUAAUGGAAUCAGUCGAGGAUCAGGGUUUGUUGCAUUCUCAACUCCUGAGGAGGCCUCUAGAGCUCUCUUGGAGAUGAAUGGCAAAAUGGUGGUAAGCAAACCCCUCUAUGUGACUCUUGCCCAGCGGAAGGAAGAUAGAAGAGCUAGAUUGCAGGCUCAGUUUGCUCAAAUGCGGCCCAUUGCGAUGGGACCCACUGUUGGUCCUCGGGUGCCAAUGUAUCCCCCUGGUGGUCCAGGUAUUGGUCAACAAAUAUUUUAUGGUCAAGGCCCUCCUGCUAUCAUUCCUUCCCAGCCUGGGUUUGGUUAUCAACAACAACUUGUGCCUGGUAUGAGGCCUGGCGGGGCUCCUGUUCCAAAUUUCUUUGUGCCAAUGGUUCAGCAAGGACAGCAAGGGCAGCGUCCUGGUGGAAGACGUGCAGGUGGAGUCCAGCAGUCCCAGCAUCCAGUUCCAAUGAUGUCACCUCAGAUGCUUCCUAGGGGACGUAUGUAUCGUUAUCCACCCGCUGGUAGGGUUCCUGAUGUUCCCAUGCCUGGUGUUGCUGGAGGCAUGUUUUCUGUUCCGUAUGAUGUGGCCGGGAUGCCUAUGCGUGAUGCAACAAUCUCCCAGCAAAUUCCUAUUGGGGCUUUGGCUACUGCAUUGGCAAAUGCUUCUCCAGAGCAGCAGAGAACGAUGCUGGGUGAAAAUCUCUACCCUCUGGUGGAACAGUUGGAGCCUGAUAAUGCUGCCAAGGUGACUGGAAUGCUUCUGGAGAUGGACCAGACUGAGGUUCUGCACUUGCUUGAGUCACCCGAAGCCCUGAAGGCAAAGGUGGCCGAGGCAAUGGACGUCUUAAGGAAUGUUGCACAGCAGCAGCAGACUGGCGGUGCUGCUGACCAGCUUGCUUCAUUAUCACUCAAUGACAACCUUGUUUCUUAAGAUUUAUAUGUUGGGGUUUACAUUCCUAGUGAUGAUGGAUCUCUAUUGUCGGCGCUUGCUUGAUACAGUUUUCAGGUUGAGUUUGUUUCACUAGAUUAGAUACUUUUGGUUUGUUCUGGACCUCCUCCUUUUGGUUUUACGCUUAUUUAAAUUAUGCCUGGUACAAGGAAUUAUUUAAUUUCAUGUUUCUAGUUCGGUUGCAAGAGGUUUUUUUCUGGGAGGUUAGAUUAUGCAUUAUCUGUGAUUUGCUAUGC